CUCCUUUUCCUCAAAGUAAGUUUUCCGAUCAAGAUUUGGAAACUUUGGCAAAGCAAUCGCUUCUUCUGCCAGUUGAGUUGAACUGCUGGCGUAGCGGGUUAGGGGAGAACUAUCCAUCUCCCAGGGAUUCGGAAGUUGUUUUGUUUGCCACUUUCUUGGAGUUUGGAUUAGCGCUUCCAGCAUCGGAUUUCUUGCGGGGGGUGUUGCAUUAUUAUGGAAUCCAGAUCCAUUAUCUUACCCCUGAAUCAGUCCUGCAUUUGAGUGUUUUUGUCCAUCUGUGUGAAGCGUUUGUGGGAAUAGAACCUCACUUUGAUUUAUUCCGAACCGUAUACUGGUUGGUCCCUCAUCCUACAAAGAAUGAGAUUGGUCAUUUUGGAUGUGCCCGAUUAGAAAUUCGUCCAGAUAUGGCUUCGAAAUAUCUUAAGUGGCCUAGGAUUCAUGUUGAUCCUGACUGGAGGUUCCAAUGGUUUUACCAUCAGAACCAGACUCCAGACUUGACCAAGUUCUCUGCUGGACCGGCUAUCUAUGUCUGGGAGUGGUUCAUAGCAAGCCCAGUUGAAGGGGGUUUCCAGACGGAUGAACUUUUAGUAAAGAUUGCAUCUCUUCGGGAGAAUCAAGUGACAGCUGCAUCUGUAGUUAGAAACUGGAAACAACGUGCAGUUCAGUCUCUACAGAGAAGGAAAUCAUUUGGUUUUCAGUAUGAUGGUUCUCAAGAUGAGUCCGGUUUGUCUGCAGAAACACCGGGGUCUGCGACUACUUUGAGAGUUGUUCAGAAGAUUUUUCCUGAUCAACUGUCAGUUCCUUAUGUGCCGAAUGUUUUUCGGGCAAGCAAUCCUCCUUCUCAGGUUGAUGUGGAGGUGUUCAAAAGUGAUCCUCCCAUCCCAGGUUCCGAUGGCAUAAAGAACCAGAAGGACUUCCACAAGCCUGUGAAAUCAGUGCAUGCAGAUGCCAUGGUUGAAGAAGUUGUGGACUUCUCGCCUUCUUCGGAUAGCGAUGAAGCCUCACCGAAAAGGAGUUAUGGUUUCCUUGAACUCACCAUGUUUGGUGAUCCUGAGGCGAAACAAGAUGAUCCUGCUCCGCCUCCAACUCAACCAGAAUCUAUGCUCGGCUCGGGUCUUGGACGUAGAGUACUACGAGUUGCUCGGCAACGAGUCGGUUCUGCCUCGAAUUCUGGGCCUGCUCCGACUGGUUCUACCCCAGGCAUUGGACUAGUACGGGCGUCGCAAAGACUUGUCGUCGUCAGGCGCUCGAAUAUGUCUGCUGCUGCAAUAAAGCGAUCUCCAGUUGCUUCGGCGACUACUCGGGAGGAAGUAAUAGCCCCCGCGUCACCGAAAGGAGGGGAAGAUACUCCUUUUGCCGGAGCAAGUGUGGAGAUGACAGAGGAGACAUGCUCUGUAGAGCCGGACAAGCCCGUCGCUCCUACGACCCGCGCUCCUCCAGCUCCUGGACGCAGAGGUCCGUCUGGUUCAGGUCGAUCUACUGGAGUAGAUCCUGAUGAGGUUCCAGUCGGGCUGAUAGAGGAUGAUCUCUUAUCAGCCGAGCUGUGUAAUGAGUCAAUUGACUCUCUUCGUUGCGUGUACAAACAUUUUAAGAGGGUAGCUGAGCGUUGUCGUCUGAAGUCCUCUAUUCUUGCCGUCAAGGCUGAGAAGCUUCAGGAUGCUCACUCUUUGAUACAGGAACUUGUGGAAAAAGAUGCUGAGAUUGCGGAACUGAGGCGCCAGCAGUCAGUAUUCCAGGCUGGAGGCUCUACCGUGAUCCGUAAUGAAGAUUUAGCGAGAUGCCAGCAAGAAAGAGAUCGGGCUCUGAAGGAAUAUGAGGACCUGAAGCAAGCCAAUGCAGAUCUUCAAGAAUAUAAGAAGAGCAUGGAGGCAGAUCUCAGGAGUGCUGACAAAAAACCUGCGCAAAAUUUGAGCACGAUCCAGAAGCUGAACCGGGAUGUAGAGCGAAGGGACAAGGAAAUUAUGGACCUGGAGGGAGCGGCUCGACAGGUCAUUGAUCUUGUUCAACCCCCGCGUCCUGGUGUCGCCGACUGUAGCUCUGUUUUAGAGAGGCUACGGCGAGUGCCGGAGUGGUUGAAGGACUCGUCUCAGGGACGGGAUUCCCGAAAGUAG